AUGUGCUCCUUUGUCAAGAGCGCUUCUCGCAGACUGUUUUUGAAGUCCAAGUUACUGAAUGCGGCGGUGGCGCUGCUGGUGGCUGAGAGAGAGGAGCAGAGACGGGCCACAGAGCGGGCUGUGAACGAGAGCUUCCCUCCCCUGCAGACUUCAGCUCUGUCAGUCCAACAACUGCAGGAGCUCUGCAGAGAACUACACCUGAAAAUCGAUGUUGUAGAUGAAGCCUGCUAUGACAUGGAGGUCCGAGUGGCAAAAACCGAUAUUGAGUCCAAGUUACUGAAUGCGGCGGUGGCGCUGCUGGUGGCUGAGAGAGAGGAGCAGAGACGGGCCACAGAGCGGGCUGUGAACGAGAGCUUCCCUCCCCUGCAGACUUCAGCUCUGUCAGUCCAACAACUGCAGGAGCUCUGCAGAGAACUACACCUGAAAAUCGAUGUUGUAGAUGAAGCCUGCUAUGACAUGGAGGUCCGAGUGGCAAAAACCGAUAUUGAGAUCCAGUCACUUACACAGAGAGUGACUGGGCUAAAGGGUUUGAAACGAUCAAACCUCAAAAGAGUAAAGAAAACUGCAGACGACAUGUUGGGGGCCUACAAUGACCCAUCCAAGCUGAUGAAGGCCGAUUUUAAAGUCAACCUCAAGACAGUAGAGAGAAAAAAAGAGGACGAGAGGAGGGAAGAAGUGACUGAUUGGCGUAAGAACGUGGAGGCCAUGUCUGGAAUGGAAGGGAGAAAGAAAUUGUUUGAUACUGGGAGCUUCAAGACGCUGAUCACUGAACAAGAAAGAAGAACUGAUAACAAUGACUGA